AUGAGCGGCGUCAUUGAAGCCGUGCACAUCUUUGAUGACAACAGAAGUCCCAUCCUGUCCCACGCCUACGCCGGCCGGCCGCUGUCCGCCGCUCACCUCUUGCCCCUCUACCUCGAGCAUCCCGCCCCGCGACCGAACCUGAUAUACCUCGCCAACACGAACCCGCCGACACUCGUAUUUAGUCUGAUGCACGGCAAUCUGCUCUUCCUGGCGACGUCGUCGAGCGAGAUCGAACCACUGCUAGUCCUCGAGUUCCUGCACCGCAUCAUCGAUGCGUUUGAGGACUUUGUGGGCGCGCCGCUGCUGGCGGUCAAAAUUGAAAACAACUAUGAUAUUAUCGCGCAGCUUCUGACCGAGAUGUGCGAUGCCGGAAACAUAAGCACAACGGAGCCGAAUGCGCUGAGAGAAGUGGUGGAAGUGGAAGGCUGGGUCGACAAGCUAUUAGGAAGCAUCAGCCUGCCUGGGAAAUUACAGUCCAAUUCCAACUCCAACACACCCUCGAUAACGCCGACGACCGGGACAGCGCUUCCCUGGCGGCGAGCGAACGUACGACAUACUUCAAACGAAAUGUACGCAGACGUCGUCGAGACAUUAUCAGUUACGCUUGCGCCCUCUGGGAGACCACUGGCUGCAUUCGCAAACGGGACGAUUGCAUUCACUGCCAAGGUGUCUGGAGUACCAGACAUUACGGUCAACCUCACUAGCCCUUCUGGCAAGCACAAUUUGGGGAGCUUUAUGGAGCUGCCCGUCUUCCAUCCUUGCGUCAGAUUGAACAAGUGGAAAGAAAGGCCCGGCGAGCUAAGCUUUAUUCCACCAGACGGUCGAUUCAUUCUGGCUGGCUACGAGGUCGAUUUGUUGCCUUUUACAAGUGGCAAGUCUGGCAACCUCAGCAGCAGUUCUCUCAAGUUGCCGGUGAAUCUGGAAAUGAAGACUGGAAUGGGGCCGACGGGUUCGGAGUUUGAAGUGCGGUUACAAGUAAACAAAAUAUUCGGCACUCCUGGGUCAUCGUCAUCCAGUCAGCUAGGGCGAGGAGGCGGCCCCGGCCGCAUAGGAUCCCCGCACCCGGGGACGCCAGCUUCACCGUUGCUCGAUGAUUUAGUGGUCACGAUCCCCUUGCCCGCUGAUGUCAGAAACCUGUCCGACAUACGGCCAAGUAGGGGCGAUGCUAGUUUCAACCCUGUGCAAGGAGUGCUAGAGUGGCACAUCGCGGCCAAGGAGAUGAGCGGACCAACGUCGCACUUUGGGCUGCGAAGCACCGUUGUGGGGGCUCUGAGCAAUGAGCAGCAAGAGGAUGCGUUUGAUCCCAGUGGUUUCGGGUUCGGAGAGUAUUCAUACAACGAGCCAUACCAGAGCGUGCCCGUGGCCAAGGUGGCGCAAGGGAGCAAGAGCGGCAAGGCGAAUGAGGGCGGCAGCGACGAGCGGGAUGCACAAAAGGCGGCGCAGAACAAGAUUCUGAUGCCUAGCUCCGCAUCGGUCAACUUCUCGGUCAAGGGCUGGCUGGCGAGCGGGCUAAAAGUGGACAGCAUCGUGCUGGACACGCGCAAGAGCCGGGGCCUGGGAGAGGGUGUCAAGCCGUACAAGGGGGUCAAGUACCUGACGGUGAGCAAAGGCGGCGUGGAGCUGCGAUGUUAG